AUGCCAAGUAUGCGACAGUCGUACACCGUGACCGUGCCGGAGGAGCCGCCGCCGGUCACUACUUUCCUCUUCCUAAAGACUGACCAGCGCAGGAAGAGUCCUCCAAUGUCGCGCUCAAUGUUGGUGUCCACAUUUGUGGGUCUGCUUAUUAAUCAAGCCAAGGUGAGUGCGCCUAUUCGGAAUGCAAGCAAUGCAUAUUCAGGUAGCCGGUGCCCAAAUUGUGACUGAGCGAAUACAUUGUUAGACGAUUUUGGAUAUUAGGCUUAUGGCAUAUUUCAUAUUUACAUUUAACAUGGGAUAGAUUUGUUUUAGUUACAGGCGACAUUUCCAUCAACAACAUAAACCGCAGGAAAGGAUCAUGUUGGCAGCUAUAGUCUACCUACUUACAUAAUAAUAUCACUUACCCUGUCAGCAACAGAUUAAAUGUGUAAUGAAAUUGCUUUUAGAGCUUGAGCCCUUUAAACUACACUUUCCAUGUCGGAACUUGGAAUCUUGUCGGGUCGGUGGCUUAGUUAUUGAUUUGCCAAAGCAAAAAUGAAGUAAGGGUAACUUAAAUUAUGCACCUGUAGGUCGAACAUCCUCUCCAAAAAGUUAGAGGUUAUUUCAACACCCGUGAUAAUAUAAAAUAAUAGAAUUACACUUUUGUGUGGUGGAAUGAUGUCUUCCUACACAGGCCAAUUUAGGCUCAGGGUUGUUGUUGCUUUGUUAACAAAUGUGGAUCCAAAUAGGGUAUGACAGCAUCCAAUAGCAAUAGCAAUCGUUUCAAUCCAAUAGGAAUAGUUUCACAUUAUGUUCACGCAAACAGGCAUCUGAAAACAGCUGACUGCUUGAGCCAGCUGCCUGCCUGUAACCGUACUGUAACCUCGUGCAGUUGAUUUGGUUACAUAAUCUGCCGUUUAGCAGUUAGUACAGAGCUCGGAGCGUCCUCUAUGCAAGUGUUUCUCAACCAGGACCCCUGGGGGUACUCUGGGAAGAGCAUAAUUAAUGUACUUGGUGGUACAGUAACAGCAUAAUGUUGGGAACCACUGCUCUAAGCUGAGUAGGAGUGUGUGCACCGCUGGCCAUAAUGCACAUAAUAUAGGCCUACUUUCUUCCGUUCCAGCUGUUAGUUUCUGGCCCUGAAUGUAGGCUACACUGUACAGUACAGAGAAUUAGUGACAAGACAAAUGCGUGCCUUUACCUUCUGAAGCUCCAAUGCAACAUGCACUAUAGUCUACUGAAAGGAGAAGAACUAGGCCUAAAGAAAAAAUAUAGUCUGUGCCACAUCAGAUGAUGUUAACACUACACAAUCAUUUAAAAUCGUUCUUGAAAUAAUAUGUAUUUUUAAAUAGCCUAUAUGUAGGCCUACAGGCCUGUAUAAUAUAUGCCAUUUAGCAGACGCUUUUAUCCAAAGCGACUUACAGUCAUGUGCGCAAACAAUUUUACGUAUGGGUGGUCCCGGGGAUCGAACCCACUACCCUGGCGUUACAAGCGCCAUGCUCUACCAAUUGAGCUACAGAGGACCAUCCAAUAUACCACAACAUAGACAGGGGCCGUAUGUCUCAGAGUACGAUUUUGAUUUAGAAUUAGUUUUGCUUUUAAGAUCAUACUGAAUAAGAUGACAUGGACAUGGGGGAACUGAUCCUAGAUCAGCACUCCUACUCCGAGACGCUUUAUGAAUACGACCCAUUAAUCCUUACAUGAAUAACCCUGAGGAAACGACAGGGUGAACCCUAGUGGACAAACCAAAGGCUCACCGUGCCCUAUAGCACCCUGUCUAUCAUCAGUCAAGUUAUCUGAACACAAAACCUCACAAUGAUACACCAAACAAACCACAAUUCAUAAUCAUUGCCCUCAGUGACUGCUGCUUAGCCCUUGAAAGUCAAACGUACCGCAGUAUAUACUUGACAAAGAAAACUCUUUUACUUCACUGUGUUCCCUAGUUGAUAGAGGAAAGCCCUAUCAGCACUUGUGGGUGAAAAUAACCUGAUUUUGCCUAUUGUUACAUAACCGCAACACACGUUUGGCCUGUGUCACAAUUACGGUGUGACAUUGUGUAACGACGUUGAACAAACACCAAAAGAUAAGGAAUGUCAGCCUAUGUCUCCAAGAAUGUCUCGCCUUAUCUCAUGUACAGUAAGCUGUGGGUGAUUGGGUGCAUGGAUUCUCAGAAUGGGCUGAGGGCCUAAAGAUAUGGAUGUCCUUUACGGGCACAUCUAGAGAGCAAAAUGUUCCUCAGUCAGCACCGUCACAGUGAAAGCCAUCGCAUAACUGUAAUGCAACAUUAUUGCUGCUUUGACAACAUUAUCAAUGGUUCUAAUACGUUAUCAAUGCUUUAUCCACCACAGUUUUAGUCUUAUUGGUAUGAGCAGUACAGUCCGCCUACGGUGUGGCUGCUGGGUGGUGCACCGUAAGCCAACUUUAUGUGUGUAUGAGAGAGCUAUGAAGCGGGUUUUGUGUGUGUGCGUGUGCGCCCAGUCACAAGUUGUUUGGCUGUGACUAGUCCCGCACAGUAAGGUUGGAGAACACAACGUUCUCCCCACUCAUACUUUCAACCUGUGCCAACCAAUGGAAUGACUGCCUCCUCAGAACAGAUGGGCCGUCAGCCAAUCAGGGCCCUUAUUGUUGGACCCCCCCUCCAUGUUCUGAGUGAGCCACAUGCCGAUAGAGCCCAUUCUCUACAGGCCUUUCCUCAGUAAUCACUGUACCAGUGUCCCUGGCUCUGGUGCUAUUUCUACCCAGGGUGUGAGAAACUCACCUGUGCAUGCGGCUCAAGCCAUAUGGUCCGUCUCAGCGCUAACGAUGCAGAGUGGGCCCAGACACGCUCUCUGAAGGGCCAUGUAAAGCAGCACUGUCUCUACUCAGUACUCACACUUCAGCUCAAUGAGUUUGACCUCUAGUCAAUGUCUGCACUGCUCUACCAGUGGAAAGUGAACUAUGAGAAAGAAGUAUGAGGAAUUUGGUACCUGUCUGGGUGUGAGAAGUGGCAUUGUGGCGCUACAUACUGUACAGUAUGUGGAGUGGUUUGGGGUGGGACAGGAGAUAGUCACUGACUCACAUGUAUCCGAAUGCCGUUUCUACUUAAUUCACAGUGUGUGUGUCUAUGGUGUGUUUGUGUGCACGUUCCUUUUAGGCCUGUGUGUGCCUGACUAUUUGUGUAUUUGUACUGUACCCACAUGCACGUGUGAUGCCACCCCAGUCCUGUCAGCUGUGGCGUCAGGCGGGUGCUGCCUACCGUAAGCCAGUUUAGGUGUUUCAUUCGUCAGCAGAUGUACCGAUGCGUAGCAUCACUCCCCACGUUACUCUUUCAUCAAACCCUCCACUUCAAUCUGGACUAGCCUUGCUAGAACACUAGAUGAAUAUGUAACUUCCAAUAAUUUCCGAUACCCGGAAAUGUCCCUCUAAUACGGCAAUGUGUAUUAUGGGGACACUGUAUACAGUAGGUUACAUAUAACAGUUAACUUGGGAAAGCAACAUUAUCCAUUAAUCCUGCUUAACCCAGAACUGGUGUAACCCAGUAUUCAGGGAAGACUACGUUAACACAUUAUGGCUGGUGGUGGGGGGUAUAUGUAGCUUACUACGACUGUGAUGUGUGGUUGUCUCACCUAGCUAUUUUAAGAUUAAUGCACUAACUUAAAGCUACAGCAUAGAUGACAUUCUAGACGAUUCUGUGCUUCCAACUUCGUGGCAAGAGUUUGGGGAAGGCCCUUUCCUGUUUCAACAUGACAAUGCCCCUGUGCACAAAACGAGGUCCAUAUAGAAAUGGUUUGUCGAGAUCGGUGUGGAAGAACUUGACUGGCCUGCACAGAGCCCUGACCUCAACCCCAUCGAACACCUUUGGGAUGAAUUGGAACACCGACUGCGAGCAAGGCCUAAUCACCCAACAUCAGUGCCCGACCUCACUAAUGCUCUUGUGGCUAAAUGGAAGCAAGUCCCUGCAGCAAUGUUUUAACAUCUAGUGGAAAGUCUUCCCAGAAGAGUGGAGGCUGUAAUAGCAGCAAAGGGGGGCCCAACUCCAUAUUAAUGCCCAUGAUUUUGGAAUGAGAUGUUCGACGAGCAACUUUUGGCCAUGUAGUGUAGCUGGGAGGAAGCCCUUUCUAAUCCAUGUAAAACAUCUAACCUUAGACUAACCUUACAGGAACCCACUAGACAGAUCAGGUCUGCCUUGAAUACUGGGUUAAGCCAUAAGCAUAUAGUCACUAUACUGUAUAAUAUAAUUUUACAUGACAUCAAUCAAAUGUAUUUUUAAAGCCCUUUUUCCAUCAGCAGAUGUCACAAAGUGCUAUACAGAAACAUUACAUUUUAAUAAUUUAGCUGACGCUCUUAUCCGAGCGACUUACAGUUUCUUUCAGUAUUCACUGGAUAGUUGAGGGUUCUAUUUUCCUACUGACAAGAGCAGGCUUAAACUGGUGCCCCCGUGUUUGGUCCCUUGUUCCUGUAAGUUGUCAUGUAUCCCGGUGUGACUGGUAUGACACACAGACAUGUAUCAUGGUGUGACUGAGUGAAGAAUGAUUUCUGAUGUCUCUCUUUCUUUGUCUCAAAAGAACUCCAAGAGUCCUCAAGGCCUGGUGGGACUGAGAAACCUCGGCAACACAGUGAGUAAACCAUUACCUCAGCCACUAACACGAGUCUGUUUUUGCACUGUGUUUAUGUCUGGUCUGGUUUGUAGUGGAUCUGAUGUCCACUUUUUGGAACAUAUAUCCCUGUCACUGAAACGUGUACUUCUAGUCUAAUACAUCUCUCUCUCUCUCUCUGUUCUUGUGUAGUGUUUCAUGAACUCGAUCCUGCAGUGUCUGAGCAACACUCCUGACCUGAGGGACUACUGUCUGAGGAACACGCACCGCACCGACCUCAACAACAACCGCAGGGCCGCUCUCAUGGAGGGUAAGGCACACUACUGAUCCAACUGGUAGCACUUUACUUAAGCCUGAAUGUAAAGUGCAUUAUUAGAAUAACAUUAGAAGGACGUUACCAGCUGUCAAAUUCUGGAAAGGUUGGGAGUGGGCCAGUGCGGACUAUUUGGUAAUAAAACAUCAUAAUAAUCCAUUAUUUCCCUUAGGACAAAAUGGUGCAGCAUAAUUAUCAUCCUAAGAAUAUUUCCAGAACCACCUGAGGGACACUAUAAUACUGACCUCUAAUGUGUAACAUAACCUGUAUGCUUAAUACUUAUACAGAUUGUGUCUUAAGUUGAUUUGAAACUAAUAGGAGCUAUUCUGUGCAAACACACACACACACACACACACAUACACUGAUCCACAGACAGGGUUUGGAAAUGGUUAACAUUUGAGCAGUAGCUAAGGUCUGUCUACUACCUGAUUGUUAUUCUUCACAUAGCUCCUCUCCCCUGCAAUGUGACCUCUGCUUCAGUACAAGGGCUCUAAAAGUGGUCUCAUUUUCUUUCCCCUGUCUCCCUCUCUCUCUCUCUCUCUCUCUCUCUCUCUCUCUCUCUCUCUUUCACAUGCACACACACACACAGAGUUUGCCAAACUCACUCAGACCCUAUGGACGUCAGUCAGCAGCGAGGCCAUCAGUCCCUCAGACUUCAAGACCCAGAUCCAGAGAUACGCACCCAAAUUUGUGGGAUACAAGUAGGUUAAUUCAGAAAAGGGCUGUGGUCUGUUCUAUUAAUUAUAUUUUUAUGGUCAUACGUGUGCUGUGAGAAAGCGAGUUCAUAAAUUAGUGUUAGCUAUUAAAAACUGCAUCUUUCUCCCCUCCCCCUAUCUCUCUGUCUCCAUCUCCCAGUGAGUCAUUAAUGUACACACAUUUUUCAUUUCUUAAUUUGUGGUUGAAAUAACAAGCUUUUGAAAUGAAAUGUCGCUCUCUCUCUCCUCCAGUCAGCAGGACGCUCAGGAGUUCCUGCGUUUCCUAUUGGACGGCCUCCACAACGAGGUCAACAGGGUCACAGUGCGGCCCAGGCUCCCGGCCGAGGACAUUGACCACCUUUCGUAAGUCUCACCUCCUGUAGCAACAACCCAGGAGCAUGUUCAGUAGUUUUAACAGUUUUGAAAAGGAAAAGCAGUGUUUCUUAGUGGACAAGCAUGGGUGGUCCCUCCCCGUUUCAGUCCGUUUUCUCCCACUGGGCACAGACAUUAAUUUAUGUCUAUUUGAAGUUGGUUCUACGUAAUUUCAUUGAAAUGACGUGGAAACAAUGUUGAUUCAACCAGUGUGUGCCCAGUGGGUAAUGAACCUGACCUGUUCUCCUAGGAUUAGACAUGCCUAGACAUGCCUCAUGAUAUUCAGGCAGUUAACUGCCUUUGUAAUGAGUCAUGUUUUAUUGGUUAAAUAUAUUCUCUGGUACUUUUGUAUACUUUUUAGCCAGUAGUUCUGAAAGUAGCGCCCAAGUGCCAAAAGUGGUCCCCGAAAAGUGCACACUACUUCACAAAUGUGUGGAUAUGUGCACCACGUCAUUGCUCUCUCUCUCUCUCGCUCUACUGUGUAUGCAUCUUGCUAGCUCUCACUCAAAUGGCAAGAGGCUGAAACUCGAAUUGCUAGGGGGCUGGCCCACGUGGGGGUAAAUGUAUGGGAAAUGGUGCAGCACAGCUUCCAGAAAACAGUUGCAUUCAAACUAGGGAUUUUGUGGCUAAUUGAAGUAAGUCAGUAAUUCUGUUAAUAGAUUAUGCAUGAAUGAACUACGCAUUGACACAUCCAGCCCAAAGCUGCAGGUUUCAAAAAGACUUACUAGUCACCAAAGUACCGGAGCAUAUCUUUAAGUGCUUUUUUACCAACACUGGGUGCCCCAGUUGAAACUGACCUGGGAUCUGUAUUAAAGAGGAGUGUGUCUUUUGUAGAGGACAGCUUGUUUGAUUGUAAACUCACUUGGGAUCUGUGUUAGAGAGGACCCAGCUAGCACAUUUGGUUCCUUGGAAGUUGUGGGAACGUAUGUUUUUGGUUUCCAAUUGGUUCUGUGAACGAAGCCAUAUGUUUCCUAACCUGCAUUUUUUAAAGUUAAAAUUUAGUCUGUUCUGGGAACAUCCAUUUUUAGGUUGCAGAAUGUUUUACUAUGGUUCCCUGAAAGUUUUCCUGGGAGGUUUUAUUAACGUUCUGAGAAUGGAAAUUAUAGGUUAUUUGAAGGUAAUUCAAUUAAUGUUCUGAGAACAUGUUUCAAUAAGACUUUUAAUAACACUGCUAGCUUAGUUUGGGUUAGCGGUUUUGAGCUCCAAGCACUGAUAGGACACAUGGAAAUUAAUUUGCUUAGGCAUUAACCUAUGAACAUGACUUUAAAUGGAACCAUGAGGAAACCUGUAGGAAACAUGCUGAAGUACUGAAAUUCCCACAGAAGAACAUUCCCACUGGGCACAGAUGUCAAUUCAAUGUCUAUUCCAUGUUGGUUCAGUGUAAUUUCAAUGAAAUGACAUGGAAACAACGUUGAUUUAACCAGUGUGUGCACAGUGGGUUGUAUCUUAACGUUCUCUGAACUAUUUGAGAACAUUCACAAUGUCGAACCAGUUGGAGAACGUUCCUAGAACAUUACCAAAAUUGAAAUGAAAUGUAACCAUGUUUGAACUUAUGGGAAACGUUCUGUUAAAGUAAUGAAAUGCCAAGAAAAUACAGUUUAGAAAAGGUUAAAGUUAAUGUGCUGAGAAUGUUCCAAAGCCAAGCAACUAUCCUGCACCAUUCUCAGAAGGUUGUGGGAAGGUUGUAUGCAAAAUAACCAUAUGACAACCACGCUCUCACCAAGCUCUAAGAAACAUAUGGUUCUCAGACCGUUAUGUGCUAGCUGGGGAAUUUAUAUGUUCUAGAGGACAGCUUGCUUGACCAUAAACUGACCUGGGAUCUGUAUUAGAGAAGAAUGUGUCUGUUCUAGGGGACAGCUUGUUUAACAUAAACUGACCCAGGAUCUACAGUACCAGUCAAAAGUUUGACUUUUCUACAUUGUAGAAUGAUAGUGAAGGCAUCAAAACUAUGAAAUAACACAUAUGGAAUCAUGGAGUAACCUAAAAAGUGUUAAACAAAUCAAAAUAUAUUUUAUAUUUGAGAUUCUUCAAAUAGCCACCCUAACAGGACAAUGACCCAACACACCUCCAGGCUGUGUAAGGGCUAUUUUACCAAGGAGGAGAGUGAUGGAGUGCUGCAUCAGAUGACCUGGCCUCCACAAUCCCCCGACCUCAACUCAAUUGAGAUGGUUUGGGAUGAGUUGGACAGCAGAGUGAAGGAAAAUCAGCCAACAAGUGCUCAGCAUAUGUGGGAACUCCUUCAAGACUGUUGGAAAAGCAUUCCAGGUGAAGCUGGUUGAGAGAAUGCCAAGAGUGUGCAAAGCUGUCAUCAAGGCAAAGGGUGGCUAUUUGAAGAAUCUCAAAUAUAAAAUAUAUUUUGAUUUGUUUAACACUUUUUUGGUUACUACAUGAUUCCAUAUGUGUUAUUUCAUAGUUUUGAUGUCUUCACUAUUAUUCUACAAUGUAUAAAAUAGUAAAAAUAAAGAAAAACCCUUGAAUGAGUAGGUGUGUCCAAACUUUUGACUGUUAGUGUAUGUUAGAGAGGAGUGUGUCUGUUCUAGAGGACAACUUGUUUGACUGUAAACUCAUCUGGAAUCUGUGUUUGUCUCCUCCACAGUGACAAUGAGAAAGGGAAGAGAAUGUGGAACAAAUACGUAGAGAGAGAGGACAGCAAAGUGGUCGGUAAGUGUCUGAGUGACUGAGAAAAAGUGUGUGUAUUACAAGUGUGUGUGUGUGUGUGAUGUUCAAUGUGUGUAAUUGUUUGUGUGUGUUUGUUUCUCUGUGUAGAUCUGUUUGUGGGCCAGCUGAAGAGCUCUCUGACCUGCAGUGAGUGUGGCUACUGCUCCACUGUGUUCGAUCCAUUCUGGGACCUGUCACUACCCAUCGCUAAGGUCAGUGUACACACUCAGACAUGCAAGCACGCAUGGACGCAGGCACGGACGUGCGCACGCAUGGACGCACGCACACACACAUGCACGCACGCACGCACGCACACACACACACACACACACAAAGAAACAGUGAGAGCUGUGUCUAACUGAGGGUGUUUGUGUCCUCAGAAAGGUUCAGGGGAGGUGAGUCUGACAGACUGCAUGCGAUUCUUCACCAAAGAAGAUGUACUGGAUGGAGAUGAAAAACCGGUAAGGGACAACUGCUCUUGGUGUGUGUGUGGCACUGUGAGUUUCUACAUGUAAUGACCAAACCCACUCUCCCUCUACUCCUCCAGACAUGCUACAGGUGUAAAGCCAGAAGGAAAUGCACUAAAAAGUUUACCAUCCAGAAGUUCCCCCAGAUCCUUGUGCUUCGUAUCCUUUAUACUACUUCAUAUUGGCUUCCCCAACAUUGGUUCCCCCAACAAUUAAGUUACUCUCAAUCUAGUAGUAGUAGUAGUAGUUGUAGUAGUAGUAUAACUUUAUAGGAUGUAGAAGAGUAGCAACAACACAGUAUAACCAGAGCUAGAAUGAACUGUUUCUAAUUAACUAAUUCUAGUAACAGCCCAAAUCGUUGUAAUGUUAUGUUUCAAACAGAGUGUAUUGAAAGUCUAUGGUUCUGGGGUUACAAAGUAGCCAGCUGAGCUAUGAAACCCAGGUAUAGCUCAACGCUACUUCAAUAUCUAUAUAUGCUACUAUGCUAUCAUUAACUAUCUAUUCUACCAUGCUAUCUAUAGCUCUCAAUAUCUAGCUAUGGUACUAUGCUAUCAAUAGCUAUGCUACUAUGCUAUCAAUAUCUAUAGAUGCUACUUUGCUAUCAAUAGCUACUGUAUCUACGCUACUAUGCUCGAGCUGUACAUGUGCUCGUCCUUGACUCAGCCCCUCUCCCAGACCUCAAGCGCUUCUCAGAGAACCGUGUCCGAACCAGUAAACUCAACACCUAUGUCAACUUCCCCCUCAAAGAGCUGGACAUGAGGGAAUUUGCCUCCGAGAACAGCAGUAAGUAGUACCCACCCACACACACACACACACACACACACACACACACAAACACACACAACAAGAUCUGUAAAUAGGCUAGCACUCUGUCUCCCGCUACUUUUAUAUCUUUAGAAGAGCUUUUAGGGCCAUUUCUUGAAGAUUAUUGAGUGGUCUAAUAUAAGUACUGGCUAGACUGACUAGAUCAACUGUCUUCAUUGAACUCAGGACACACACAUACGCACACGCGCACACACAGUUCAACUGACUUGCUUUAUACAGUCUAUGGAUACGCCAUCCUCUUUGUAAAUCAGGCAUUAAACAGGCAUUGUUUUUCAAUAAUGAUAGGGGUCUUUUGAAACUGAAUGAAGGCCUCAGUGAUGUCAAUGACAUAACACUAAUCUCUCUCUCUGUCUGUCUCUGUCUCUCUGUGUAUGUAGUGAAUGCAGUGUAUAAUCUCUAUGCGGUGUCCAACCACUCUGGGAACACGCUGGGUGGCCACUACACAGCUUACUGUAGGAACCCAGUCCUGGGGGAGUGGUACAGCUACAAUGACUCCAGGUAUCUAAUGACGCCAUGA